GAUCUGAUUGUGCCGAGGAUGACGUCCUGCAUGUCACCUUCAGUCAUGCUUCUUACCACCAACUCCGGUCUCGCAAACCUUUUACAACAAUAAGCCCUGCGCCCUCGCACUCGUAAACUGCCUCUCUUUCGUCGUUGCUUCAAAAUUGUUGAUCCCCCUUUACAUCUUUUGGUUCCUUUUGUUGGUGUCGAAAUCCUGAAACUCAGCUCUCACGCGCGUCUGCAACGUCUGAAACGGAAUCACGCGACUACUGCACCAAAAGGCCUGAGGACGGCGAACUGGCAGAUUCAGUCGACCAGUGUCUGAUGAACCCUUGAGCCUGGAUAACAGCUAUCACAUCGCUGUUACUACUACUCCGGAUGAGCUUGGGAUUCCAUACGAACAUUGGCCAAUGCCAGUCGUGCAUUGCUAGAAACGCCAAGCGAUCGCAAAACGAACACGUACAGGAGCGCCAAGAUGCCAGAGCUCUUUGGUCUACCACGCGAGUUGCGAGAUAUGAUCUACAUGUCUGUCGUCACCUGGUCGCUUCCACAACCUCGUCGCGAAGACAUAGAAGAUCACAGAUGGUGCCAUAUCUCCGAUCCUGAAAGCAUACACUCGGGCGAAUAUGGCUGCUCAUACUCAACAGACACGAUUCCAGGGACAUGUGCCAAUUUGCUUUCAUGUAAUCGCCAAGUCAACCACGAACUUACACAAGCAAUCGAGAGAGCAAAAAGAAGAGGACUGCUAGUAGCCAAGCUUGAUUGCAUCGCGGUGGAUGAGAGCAGGCAUGCAUUCUCGUGGCUCUCAUUGCCAAUCGUAACGAACAGGAAGAGUGAACAUGAAGCAAAGGUCAGCAUGCUAUCAGCUUGGGCAGAUCGCAUACUCUUCACACCACAGAGAAUGCUCAACUUCAGCAAGAGAAGUCCAACACCUAGCUCUUCGACCUCAACCACCAUACUCGAAAACCUCUGGGUCGACAUCCGCAUCCAUGGCAACCGCACUGCGAAGUGGUCAUCAAAUCAGUGCCCACCUGAGCGCACCUCGUGGGCUGUCUGCGCUGCACUAAAGAGGCUGGUCGAUGGCGAUACGCUCAUGCGUCCCAUCGAUGCCACCUCUGCUCCUGGUCCCUCCUGGAACAACAUCACCAUUGGUGAGCUAGUCCUCAACGUCGUUUCCCCAAAGACCUCGAACAAUCUGUGGCUGCCUGAGGACUAUCCACUCGAUGUCGCAACCUACGGAGUCGUACAUCCGCGAACUGUAGCCAAAGAGCUUCUGGAUGUGUGGAAUAUCAUCUGGACUGGUGAGGACUUCAAGGGCGCGCAUUACCAUAUACUACUAGAGCGGAUCAAAAUAGUGAAGAUCUGUGUGGGCGGAGAGAUCUGGAGGGUCCGAGAGCUAGGAAUAGAGUUGGAGAGAGGGCAAGCCGAGCACAGAAGGAUCGCUAUGAGGGGCGUAUGGUAGACCAUUGCAUCUUGGAAGUCGUUCUUACUUUGGUGACAUAGACAUUUUGGUGUUGUAGUGGUAUGACUGAAGUUCGAAUAGUGUUCGGGUAGGACGGUUCCAACGGCAGCUUCGUCCAGUACUACCGCUGCACCCCACACUUCUAGAAGCAGUUGAUCCAGAAUUGUAUGGAAACCCCCUGUCGUCUAUCGAUCUGGGGUAACUUGUGGUUUCGUGUGCUUGGGAUGGGUCGUGCUCGCUCUUACUUACCUUCACGCCUCAACCGCUCCUCCAUUGCACCAACAGCAACAACAGAAAUGACAUCAGAAGACCCACCAAACCAGGAACUCGCUUGUGCAGACCAUUGUUGACAAUAACAGCAACCUCGACAUUUGUACAACUAUCUCAUUCUUGUCUUUCCUUAGCUCUUGAUCAUCCGUCCCAGACU